GUCAAAACGUGGCGGUGCGUUAUAGUGGCAACACAGCUUUAGUUUAAUUUGUUGUUUAGUGAUAAUUAUAUAGGUUUUAGGACAAUGUGGUUGCUACUCCUGCUGAUAUCGCCAUGUCUGGCACAAUUCCAGCUGCACAGGGAGCCUCCUCUCCCCGACGGUGUGCCUUUUUCCUCCAGGGCGCCGACAAUGGGCUGGGUGAACGUCCGGCUCAACCACUUCAUGGCGUACGACACUAGGACCUUUCAAAUGAGGUACUACUACAACAAUCAGUUCGCAAAUGUUGAGAACCCCAACAUCGUUAUCUUCGUGGGCGGAGAGUGGGCGAUCGGUCCAGGUUACGUACAAUCAGGGCUGGCCUACAACAUGGCGCAGGAGAUGAGCGCUGGACUCUUCUACACUGAGCAUCGGUACUAUGGACAAACACAGCCUUUCCCAGACUCGAGCGUGGAGAACCUCUCAUUCCUGAACAUCGACCAGGCGCUGGGAGACCUGGCGCAGUUCAUACAGCAUGUCAAGAGUGAUGCAUUUGAAGAUGGACAUUACAGGAACGCGAGUGUGGCUCUCGUGGGCUGCUCGUACGCUGGUACCAUGGCUACUUGGAUGAGGAUGGCUUACCCUCACCUGGUGAACGCUGCCUUCUCCGACAGUGCACCCUUACAGGCUCAGGAGGAAUUCCCAGAAUACCUGGAAGUGGUGGCGACAGCUCUAGCUGAGCAGGGAGGUCAGCAGUGCGUGGAUGCUGUCGCUGCAGGAGUCCAGGGAGUCUUAGACCUGCUGGCCACACCCACGGGGGCAGCCCAGGUCUCCGAGAUAUUCCAGACGUGUACGCCAAUUAACACGGCUUCUCCGCUAGAUGUCGCCACAUUCUUCAGUAGCGGUAUCAUCAAUUAUUUCGCUGUCAUGGUGCAGUACGCCACCGGUAAUCGAAUCGCAAACUCCUGCAACGUUCUUCUUUCAAGCAAUGAGCCCGAUGCCGUAAGACGGCUGGCUGCACUGGUUGCAGGGAACAACUGUGUGGAGACUCGCUACUUAGAGGCGGUCGCGCUGUACAGGAACACCAGCUUCGCGUCACCAGAUUCUACGAUUCGUCUUUGGUUGCACCAGACGUGUGUGGAGUACGGCUGGUACCAGACCACCGGGGGUUCGAACCAUCCGUUCAAGGAUACUUUACCAUUGGAAUUUUAUCACCAGCUGUGCAAGGAUAUCUUCUCUAAUAGUGAAUUAGACUUCGAUGAACAAAGACUUCGGGCCGGAAUCGAACGCACGAACAUAUUGUUUGGGGGCUGGUCUCAUAUGCCAGACCGCGUGGUGUCAGUCGUUGGGACCCACGACCCGUGGUCUCCAAUGGGCCCCAACGAGUCCCAUUCCCACCACAACGCUCCGGUCUACGUGGUACCUAACAUCUCUCACUGCAGAGUUAUUGCGCCAUCAGUCCUUGACAGUCAAGAGCUAGUCAGAGUAAGGAGGGCAGUAAUGGAUCAUAUGUAUGAGUUCACUACUGGUGACUCGCUGGUAACAGAACCUGAUCCAACAACCACUGACGCCCCAACGACCACAGACGCGCCUGACAGUGCCACCGGGGUUGCGGCCAGUAGUUUUGUGCUUCUCCUUACCAUACUCGCUUUAGUCUAGAGGAGAACCUAUAUAUCUAUAUCUAUAUAACAGUUUUUACUAUAGAGCAAAUCGUCCUAGUCCUUACACAAACAAACAAAACGAAACCAAUUCAUGAACUCAAUUCUUAAUGAAGGGAUUUUCCUUCUUGCGAGUAUGUAGGAAGUAUAGUGUCGAUAAGUUAAAAUCAAAGUCAAAGCAUUUAUUUAAUUCAGUUAUAGUCAUAUAUUACCUAUUCCUAGAGUAGGCACGUCUAUCUGUCAGUGAAGCUAGGCGCUCGUUCCAAGUGUAGUUUCGAAUGGAGAAGAACGAACAAGACACUGCAUCGUUAGUGCUACCACAUACUUCUUUAGUUUCCGUCAUAUUGAUGUUUCUUGUUAUACAACCAUAUUGGCAAUGUGAAGUACUCAAUAUUUAUUUAUUUCCUAAACAUUGUAUUGCGAGUGGUUACUAGACGUGGGCCUCUUUAAUAACAUCCUCUGAUUGUCACUUAUUUCAUACUAUAGCCCGCAUGUGUUGUCGCGCGAACAGCCAGACCAAUGAGGGAUUGGGAGCUGCUGUAUUUUUGCUCAAUAGAUGGCACUAGUGCGCAACUCUUGCUUAAGACACUAUCUAGUAAAUUGCUGAACUGGCACUAUCUGCUUUUACUAAUUGCUUAAUGGUUUGUUAAGUUGUGUCUGUAUGAAUAAAUGUUAUUCUUUCUACUA